AUGUCACAGCGGAAGAACGGCGAUGUAGCCACUGAUUUGAUAGAAAAUAAACUUUCUUUCUCAAGAAUCCCUAGGAUAAGUCUCCAUGUAAGGGAUUUGUCAAUUGUUGCCUCCAAGACCAACACAACGCUGGUUAAUGCAUUUUCCAUGGACUUGCCCAGUGGGUCGGUCAUGGCAGUUAUGGGUGGGUCAGGGUCCGGGAAGACUACGUUGUUGAAUGUUCUAGCAUCCAAGAUAAGUGGUGGAUUAACUCAUAACGGUUCUAUACGGUAUGUCUUGGAAGACAUGGGUUCUGAAUCUGGGGAGGCAAGGCUAAAGGUGGGUCACUUGGAUGACCAAGACCACCCUACUCAUAAGCAUGUGAUAAUGGCUUACCUACCGCAACAAGAUGUGCUUUCCCCCAGGUUGACCUGCAGAGAAACUCUUAAAUUUGCAGCAGACUUGAAACUUAAUUCAUCCGAACGGACUAAGAGAAUAAUGGUUGAGCAGUUAAUAGAAGAAUUAGGGCUCAAAGAUUGUGCCGACACUUUAGUGGGUGAUAACUCACAUAGAGGCCUUUCUGGUGGCGAAAAGAGAAGACUAAGUAUUGGUACUCAAAUGAUUUCAAACCCUUCUGUCAUGUUUUUGGAUGAGCCUACUACUGGUUUGGAUGCUUAUUCUGCCUACUUGGUUAUUAAAACUUUGAAAAAACUAGCAAAAGAGGAUGGUAGAACUUUUAUCAUGUCAAUUCACCAGCCGAGAUCAGAUAUAUUAUUCUUAUUAGACCAGGUUUGUAUUUUGUCAAAGGGUAAUGUAGUAUACUGUGACAAAAUGAAUAAUAUCAUCCCUUAUUUUGAAUCUAUUGGUUAUCGUAUUCCUCAGCUCGUGAAUCCAGCCGAUUAUUUCAUCGAUUUGUCAAGUGUAGAUUCUAGAUCAGAUAAGGAAGAGGUUACUACGCAAAACAGGUUAAAUUCAUUGAUUGGUCAUUGGCAUGAUUAUGAAAGGACUCAUUUGAAACUACGGGCGGAAUCUUGUAUAGGCAACGCUACGGAAAUUCAUAUUCAAAAUAUGACUACCAGACUACCAUUUUGGAAACAAGUUGCAGUCUUGACGAGACGGAAUUUUAAACUUAAUCUUUCAGAUUAUGUUACUCUAAUAUCGACUUUCGCAGAACCGCUGAUCAUUGGUACUGUUUGCGGUUGGAUAUACUAUAAACCUGAUAAAACUAGUAUCGGUGGUUUAAGGACAACGACCGCGUGUCUGUAUGCAUCUACUAUUUUACAAUGUUACUUAUAUUUGUUAUUUGAUACGUAUCGACUUUGUGAACAGGACAUUGCGUUAUAUGACAGAGAGAGGGCGGAAGGUUCGGUGACACCGUUGGCAUUUAUUGUCGCCAGAAAAUUAUCUCUCUUCCUUUCUGACGAUUUCGCCAUGACCAUGAUUUUUGUCAGUAUAACGUAUUUCAUGUUUGGACUCGAAGCAAAUGCUAGAAAAUUCUUUUAUCAAUUUUCUAUCGUAUUUUUAUGUCAAUUAUCAUGUUCCAGUUUGUCCAUGUUAUCAGUUGCUGUAUCGAGGGAUUUUUCUAAGGCCUCUUUAGUGGGGAAUAUGACAUUCACAGUAUUAUCAAUGGGGUGCGGUUUUUUUGUGAAUGCUAAAGUUAUGCCAGUGUAUGUUCGUUGGGUUAAAUAUAUUGCCUUUACAUGGUAUUCAUUUGGUACUCUGAUGUCUAGUACUUUUACGGAUUCUUAUUGUACCUCUGGCAAUCUCGAGGAAUGCUUAGGUAACCAGAUUCUAGAAGUUUACGGAUUUCCGAAGAACUGGAUAACCGUGCCCGCUGUUAUCCUAUUAUGUUGGUCUAUAGGAUACUUUGUAGUAGGUGCGGUUGUACUGUAUUUGCACAAGAUUGAUAUUACUUUACAGAAUGAGGUGAAAUCAAAACGAAAGAAAUCCAUUAGCAAAACUCCCACAGAAGUGAAACCGGAAAUUCAGCUGCUAGACGAUGUUUAUCACCAAAAGGAUUUGGAGGCAGAAAAAGAGAAAAAAACAACUAUCACUAUAAAAUUGCAAGACAUAGACCUACGAAUCAUUUUUUCAACUUCUUUCUCAACUUGGAAAAAAGGUAACUUCCAUCGCCACGAAACUAAACAAAUUUUACAAUCGGUGAAUGCCAUUUUCAAGCCUGGAAUGAUUAAUGCUAUUAUGGGACCAUCAGGGUCAGGUAAGUCCUCACUGUUGAAUUUAAUUUCUGGCAGACUAAAAUCCUCAUUUUUUGCGAAGUUUAACACUGCAGGAUCGAUUAUGCUCAAUGACAUUCAGGUCUCAGAGUUUAUGUUCAAAAAUGUAUGCUCGUAUGUUUCGCAGGAUGAUGACCAUCUUUUGGCCACCUUAACUGUAAAAGAAACCCUUAAAUAUGCAUCUGCGUUAAGGUUGCAUCAUUUAACUGAGGCAGAAAGAAUGGAAAGAACUGAUAACUUGAUAAGAUCUCUGGGUUUAAAGCACUGUGAGAACAAUAUUAUUGGUAAUGAAUUUGUUAAAGGCAUUAGUGGUGGCGAAAAGAGAAGAGUAACGAUGGGGGUGCAAUUAUUGAAUGAUCCUCCAAUCUUAUUACUAGAUGAACCAACUUCUGGACUAGAUAGCUUCACAUCUGCUACUAUAUUAGAAAUAUUGGAGAAGCUUUGUACAGAACAAGGGAAGACAGUCAUUAUUACCAUUCAUCAACCAAGGUCAGAAUUAUUCAAACGAUUUGGUAAUGUUUUGCUAUUAGCUAAAUCGGGUAGAACCGCUUUCAAUGGAUCACCUGAUGAAAUGAUUGCUUAUUUUGCUAAAAUGGGAUUUAAUUGUCCUUCGUUUACGAACGUGGCAGACUUUUUUCUCGAUUUAAUCUCAGUCAAUACGCAAAACGAACAGAAUGAACAAACUUCAAGAGCAAGAGUUGAAAAGCUACUUACCGCAUGGAAAGAAAAUAUAGAAACUGAAAGUAUUUUAUCCACUUCACUUUCUGAAAAACAACAAUACUCUCAAGAGUCAUUUUUAACAGAAUACAGCGAUUUCGUAAGAAAACCAGCUAACUUGGUUUUGGCAUACAUAGUCAACGUUAAGAGGCAAUUUACUACGACAAGAAGAAGCUUCGACUCCUUAAUGGCACGUAUUGCACAAAUUCCUGGUCUAGGUGUUAUCUUCGCCUUAUUUUUUGCUCCGGUCAAGCAUAAUUAUACUAGUAUCAGCAAUCGUUUAGGGCUGGCACAGGAAUCUACAGCGUUGUAUUUUGUGGGUAUGUUAGGAAACUUGGCAUGCUAUCCAACUGAAAGAGAUUACUUUUACGAAGAAUACAAUGACAAUGUUUACGGAAUAGCACCUUUUUUCUUGGCUUAUAUGACUCUAGAGUUACCGUUAUCCGCAUUUGCUUCAGUUUUAUACGCAGUGUUUACAGUAUUUGCAUGUGGGUUGCCAAGAACUGCGGCCAAUUUCUUUGCGACCGUUUAUUGUUCCUUUAUUGUUACUUGUUGUGGUGAAGCUCUGGGUAUAAUGACGAACACAUUCUUUGAAAGACCAGGAUUCGUUGUUAACUUUAUUUCGAUUAUUUUAUCCAUUGGUACCCAAAUGUCAGGAUUGAUGUCGUUAGGCAUGUCGAGAGUAUUAAAGGGUUUCAACUAUUUGAACCCUGUGGGGUACACAUCUAUGAUUAUCAUUAAUUUUGCGUUUCCAGGUAAUUUGAAAUUAACAUGUGAAGAUGGUGGGAAAAAUUCGGAUGGUACAUGCAAAUUUGCUAAUGGGCAUGAUGUUUUGGUUUCAUACGGCUUAGUGAGAGAUACACAAAAGUAUUUGGGAAUUAUUGUGUGUGUGGCCAUUAUAUAUCGUCUUAUUGCUUUUUUUAUCUUGAAGGCCAAAUUGGAAUGGAUUAAGUGGUGA